AUGUCUUCGGAGGAGAACUUGAAAGCGCCUAUCGAGGUGACGACCAAGGGCCUGGAGAAUGUGCUUUCCCAGGAAGAGGUCAAAGAGGUGGAUCGGGCUUUCAUGCUCGGUCUCGAGACAGAGGGUUUGGUCCUGGAUCCUGCCAAGGAGAAGAAAUUGGUUCGCAAAAUCGACUUCUACAUUCUGCCCAUGAUGUGCAUUUUGAUGUCGUGCCAACUUAUGGAUAAGUCCACCAACUCGUACGCUUCCAUCAUUGGUCUGAGAACCGAUCUGGAAAUGACCUCAAAGGAGUACUCCUGGGUGGGAAGUUCCUUUUACCUUGGAUAUGUUUUUUUCGAGUAUCCGGCAAACAUUCUGCUCCAGAAGUUUCCGAUCUCGAAGGUGUUGUCGUGUGCUAUUGUUGCCUGGGGUGUCGUCAUCUGCUGCCAUGGUGCAUGCCACUCGGCAGUAACCUUUCUUCUUUGCCGUGUCCUCCUGGGGAUGCUUGAAUCCUUCAUGGACCCUACUUACAUGAUCAUGACCUCGCAAUGGUACAAGAAAGAGGAGAUGUAUAUCAGGUGCGGAGUCUGGCUGGGCUUCCAGGGUUUUGGAACCAUGUUGGGAUCUGGUAUCGCAUAUGGUUUCUAUCAACACCUCGAUGCAUACUCCCUGGCUCCCUGGAGACUUUUGUACAUUGUGACUGGUGUCAUCACCAUUACCUUUGGUCUGAUCUCUUUUGUUCAUAUUCCAGAUAUUCCCGUCAAAGCCUGGUUCCUGAACGACGAAGAGAAGCUAUAUGCCGUUGAGAGAAUCAGAAAGAACAGAACUGGUUUCGGAAAUCCAACCUACAAACCCAGUCAGCUCAAGGAGGCUUUCACAGAUAUCACCACAUAUUUGUACUUUUUCUUCAUGUUUGGCUAUGGUAUUCCUAACGGUGGAAUUGGUAACUUCGGCUCCAUCCUUCUGAAGGAACAGUUCGGAUUCACCACAGGAUCUGCAUUGUUGAUGAACAUGGUGGGAUCCGGUAUUGAUAUUGUUUUCCCAGUGGCUUUUGCUUACUUGGACAGAUACUUCAUCCGCUCACGCUUGAUCACAGGUUGUGGUAUCAACUGUUCCAUCUUCAUUGGCCUGUGUCUUCUUGCGUUUGCUGAGCCCAAGGCAGCGAAGAUCAUUGGUUAUUACCUGACAUAUCUGACUACUGCCUCAUGGGCAUGUAUGAGUUCGGUUGUUUCUUCGAAUGUGGCUGGCCACACGAAGAAACUUGCUGCAAACACAUGUUUUCUGAUUGGUUUCGCUGCUGGAAACAUUAUUGGACCACAGUCUUUCCUUGGAUCUGAGGCUCCAGUUUACAUUACAGCUAAGAGAACCAUGGUCGGCUGUUACGUAAUUUCUGCCAUUGUUCCAGCAAUUCUUUAUUUCAUCUAUACCAGAAGAAACAAAAAGAAGGAUAGUCUCCAGGCCGAAAUCAAUGCUCUCGUUGCUGAGGACGAGCAAGACAUCAAGACGUUUUUCGGUGAUCUGACCGACAAAGAAAAUCCAAACUUCAGGUAUAUGUUGUGA